GGUGCAACUACUGUUGCGGCUUUUUGACGUGCUCCGGAACAGCUCGUGCGUCUGUGUGCGAGAGGCACCAAACUCAAGCGCGCGGAUUAUCCCUCCCCUUUUCAUUUUUCGUCUUCUCGCUCCCACACACGCACGGCGGGCGCUACGCUGCAGUGGAGCAAACAGCAGGCAGCCAUAAUUACAGUUUUUAUUAUAAUUUGACAUUCCUUACUUCUUAUUAGUUUUCUCUCCCCCUUUUUUGUCUUUGCGUCUCUUCCGUGUUCUCGUACGAACUUCCUACGAGCGGCAUCAAACGAGGUCAGCUCCUCAUUACAAGCACUCUUCCUCUCCCGAAACGGCCUGCACACACGACUCUUGCGAAGUACAUUCAUAAAAACCGCAACGCAAGGCUUUUUUUUUCAUCCAAAAGCCGCUCAGGAAUGGCGUCUUCGUCUUCAUCUUCCGCCGCUGCGGUGGAGCAGCGCCUUCUCCACCGCCUUUCCACCGCAGCUGAGGAGGCAGUUCCGUAUGAGCGCUUAAAGCGUGAGCUAAACCUCGGCGCGAAUGGCGGGGAGGGUGUGAUUCGACAGUUGGUGGAGCAGAAUCGUUUGCGCCUGCGUCGCGGCGGCGGCGGCGACAGCCAGAUCUACGUCUCAAUUGUGAACAACAUCAACGGGUCGCUGUCGCUCGUGAUGGAUGCGGUACGGGCGAGCGGGGAGAGCGGUAUCGAUCAGACCCAGUUGCAGAACAAAGUGCGGAUGCCCAAGACGGAGCUCGGCAAGGCCCUCGCUGCACUCGCGGCGAAAGGCCUCAUUAAGGAGCACCGCUCCUUCACGAAUCGCGCCAAGCGCAUCUACACUCUCUUCCACGUUGACCCCUCCGCCCACGUGACGGGCGGGACGAUGUACUGCGGCGAGAAUUUGGACACCGCCUUUGUGGACGAGUGGCGGCGGGAGCUGACGCGGUUUAUCUCGACGCGGCGGAUGGUGGGCUUCGAUCAGAUAAAGCGCCACGUUGAGGCGGUGCAGAGCGCCAGUAGCGGCGGCUCCGCCAGCACCUCCGCACAGGUAGGAGGAGGUGGAGGGGGUGGCGGCAGCGGCGGCACGUCGCCCAUGACCCCCCUCGUGGUCACGAUGAUCGACUCCGCCUACACUCGACCUGUCGCCGCCCCGAUCCAUCCUUCGGCGGGUGCUGCGGGCGGUGUCGGGCAUCCGAACUCAACGAGCGAUGUGUCGGGGGUCGCCAACGCGGCCUUUGCCUCAAAGCAGCUCUCCGAGAUCGACCUGCGCACCCUCGUCCAGACGCUGGUGCUGGAUGGUGUGCUGGAGCUGCGGGUGCCGGACUCACAGGAGGAGGUCAGUGCUCCGCAGUACCAAAUUGCGUGUGGCCAGGGCGUGAUGCGCCACUUUACGGUGCAAGCGCGGCGACGACAGCAGCAGCAGCAGCAGCAGCAGCGUGGAGCCUCCGGCGUGGACGGCAGCCCACCAAGGCAGCGUCUCCGCCGUGACAGCUGCGAGGCGGCCGCGGGGGCCGCCGGUACUUCUUCGUCUUGUGCAAAUCUUUUACUGGAUAUUGAAAGCGACAGCGUUGUCAGCACGAUGGACGCGCUUCGGCAGACGAGUCUGUGGGAGCCGGCGCCGGUCUCGCAGCCGUCCGCGCAGGAGGCGGUGGACGGGUGGUCGUACAUGCCGGCGCUGGGGUUUCCGUGCUUGGGUUGUCCGCAGCUGGAGCGCUGCUCCGUGUCGGGGUACGGUGUGGUGAACCCGAAGAGCUGCGCGUAUUUGAAGGAGUGGCUGAGUUAA